UUUUUUUAAACUUGAUUUUCAAUUCAAUCGUGUUUUCACAUAAAAAAAUAUUUAGAUAGAACAAAAUGUUUUCGAAAUAUUUCUGCUUAUUGUCAUUGAUUUUGGCAUUAGCCACCAUCGACAAUUCGGAAUCAUUCAAAUCAACUACCGUACAAAUCUUGACUGAUCAUUCAUUUAUCGAAAAGAUCAACAAUGUUGUCAAUAGAGCGGAUAAUUUCCUGAAAACAUCGGGCAAAAAUUCUUUAGCAGCGAAAAAAAUUGAAAAUUUAAUCGAAGAAAUUCGAAACAAUAAAGAAGAAUAUAUGAAAUCUUCGGAAAAUCGAUUUAAAAAAGCACAUAUCGAAUCUGAAAUCGAUGAAUUGAUCGAAAUUUUAAAUCAAUAUCAACCGACUACAUUAAAACCGGCAACAAAACCCAGUGAUCGUUUAUUUAUCGCUAAAAUUAGCAAUGUUCUCAAUAAAGCCGAUAAUUUUCGAAAAACAUCCAAUAUAAAUUCAUAUGUAAUCAAAUUAAUUGAUCGUUUAAUCAAUGAAAUUAAAACGAAUAAAGAAAAAUAUCUGAAAUCACCGGGUGAUAUAUUUCAAAAAAUACACAUUGAAUUUGAAAUUGAAUAUUUGUUACGAAUUUUAAAUCAAUAUCAAUCAUCUACAUCUGUAAAACCAGUAACAAAACAAUCGGAUCAUCUUUUUAUCGAAAAAAUCGAAGAUGUUCUCGAUAGAGCUAAUCAUUUGCAAAGAAUAUCCGGACUGAAUUCUCAUAUUGGGAAAAAAAUUGAAAAUUUAAUCGAAAAAAUCCAAAAAGAUCUAAAAAAUUAUCUAAAAUCUACCCUAGAUAUGUUUCAAAAAUCACAUAUCGAAUCUGAAAUUGAAGAAUUGUUGAAAAUUUUAAAUCAAUUUGAACCGACUACAUUAAAACCGGUAACCAAACCCGAUGAUCGUUUAUUUAUUGAAAAAAUCGAUAAAAUUCUUAGCAAAGCUAAUAAUUUUCGAAAAACAUUAGAUAAAAAUUCUUUUGUUGUCGAAAAAAUUGAUAAUUUAAUCGAUGAUAUUGAAACGGAUAAAGAAAAAUAUUUAAAAUCUCCGGGAAACAAAUUUCAAAAAUUACAUAUUGAAAAUGAAAUUGACGAUUUGAUGAUGAUUUUGAAUAAAUUUCCUCAAACAUUAAAGCCAGCGAUCAACGUGGAUCGAACUUGAUUGAUUUGAUUUUUUGAAAAAAUAAAAAAUUUACAUUUUUUUCGAUUUUUA